AAGGGCGUAGGCUGCUUGUAGCAGGUGCAGAAGCGAACAAAAGAAUUCCGUCUCCACCGCUUCACUCUUCACUGCAACUCUUCCCUCUCCCUCUCCCCCCGCCACUGUACUACCCCCACUCUCUCUCUCUCUCUCUCUCCACAGUCGCCACCGCACUGGCCCGUCCCGGGCAGGUCCCCUCCGCCCCACCACCAUCUUCUCGCUUCCUCACCCCCAAAAAUCACUCCUUUUUAUACUUUCGAUUCUUGGAAUUGCAAUCCCCCAACACCACCACCACCACCACCACCACCAUUUCUAUACCUCCCUUUCAGUCUCUGUGACAUGGGUUUGUCUUCCCUCUUCUUCAUCUUCCUCGCCAUCCUCCUCCCUCUCUCUUCUUCUUCUUCGGAGGAGGCGGCCAAGACCUUCAUAGUCCAAGUCCAGCCCGACGCCAAGCCUUCCGUCUUCCCCACCCACGCCCACUGGUACGACUCCACUCUCUCCUCCCUCUCUUCCUCCGCCGGCCCCACCGCCCGGGUCCUCCACACUUACUCCACCGUCUUCCAUGGCUUCUCCGCCAAGCUCUCCCCUUCCCAGGCCCUGAAGCUCUGGUCCCUCCCCCACGUGCUCGCCCUCAUCCCCGAGCAGGUCCGCCGCCUCCACACCACCCGCUCCCCGCAGUUCCUCGGCCUCAAGACCGGCGACAGCGCGGGGCUCCUCAAGGAGUCCGACUUCGGGUCGGAUCUCGUCAUCGGGGUCGUCGACACCGGCAUCUGGCCCGAGCGGCAGAGCUUCAACGACCGGGACCUCGGCCCCGUCCCCUCCAAGUGGAAAGGCGAGUGCGUCGCGGGUAAGGCCUUCCCUUCCACCUCCUGUAACCGGAAGCUGAUAGGGGCUCGGUUCUUCUACAAUGGGUACGAGGCCGCCAACGGGAAGAUGAACGAGACGACCCAGUUCCGGUCGCCGCGGGAUUCCGACGGCCACGGCACCCACACCGCGUCGAUCGCCGCGGGCCGCUACGUGUUCCCCGCCUCGACGCUGGGGUACGCGAAGGGCAUGGCCGCCGGCAUGGCGCCCAAGGCCCGCCUCGCCGCCUACAAGGUGUGCUGGGACGCGGGCUGCUACGACUCCGACAUACUGGCGGCCUUCGACGCCGCGGUGGGCGACGGGGUGGAUGUCAUUUCGCUCAGCGUUGGCGGUGUGGUGGUGCCGUAUCAUCUGGACGCCAUUGCGAUUGGGGCCUUCGGGGCAGAGGAAGCAGGGGUCUUCGUGUCGGCCUCCGCGGGGAACGGCGGCCCUGGGGGGCUGACGGUCACGAAUGUCGCGCCGUGGGUCACCACGGUCGGCGCCGGCACCAUCGAUAGGGAUUUCCCUGCGGAUGUGAAAUUGGGGAAUGGUAAGAUGAUCCCCGGUGUGAGUCUCUACGGCGGGCCGGGAUUGACGCCGGGUCGGAUGUAUCCAUUGAUUUAUGCUGGGACUGAGGGCGGAGAUGGGUACUCCGCAUCCCUGUGCAUGGAGGGGUCAUUGGAUCAGAGUCUUGUGAAAGACAAGAUUGUGUUGUGUGACAGGGGGAUCAAUUCGAGGGCCGCCAAGGGCGAGGUUGUGAAGAAAGCAGGCGGGGUCGGAAUGAUCUUGGCGAAUGGGGUCUUUGACGGCGAAGGAUUGGUGGCCGAUUGUCACGUGCUGCCCGCAACGGCUGUCGGUGCUGCGAGCGGCGAUGAGAUCAGGAAGUACAUCGAGGUCGCGUCCAAGUCAAAGUCACCAGCAACGGCCACGGUGAUCUUCAAGGGGACUCGGCUGAGGGUCCGGCCUGCGCCCGUUGUGGCUUCUUUCUCUGCUAGGGGUCCCAACCCGGUGUCCCCGGAGAUCCUGAAGCCGGAUGUGAUCGCUCCUGGAUUGAACAUACUCGCCGCUUGGCCUGAUAACAUAGGGCCUUCUGGUGUUGCCUCGGAUAAGCGCAAGACGGAAUUCAACAUACUGUCGGGUACCUCGAUGGCUUGCCCUCAUGUUUCGGGCCUAGCCGCGCUGUUGAAGGCUGCUCACCCGGAAUGGAGUCCUGCAGCAAUAAGAUCUGCGCUGAUGACGACUGCUUAUACCGUGGACAACCGGGGAGAGACUAUGCUGGACGAGUCUACAGGGAACACUUCGACGGUCAUGGACUACGGGGCUGGUCACGUCCAUCCCCAGAAGGCCAUGGACCCCGGGUUGAUAUACGACCUGACCCCAUACGACUAUGUCGACUUCCUCUGCAACUCGAACUACACGACCGCCAACAUCCAAGUUGUCACUAGGAAGAAAGCUGAUUGCAGCGGAGCCAAAAGGGCUGGCCACUCCGGGAACCUGAACUACCCAUCCUUGUCGGUGACCUUCCAGCAGUACGGGAAGCCCAAGAUGUCGACCCACUUCAUCCGCUCGGUCACGAAUGUCGGGGACGCCGAGUCGGUGUACCGGGUCAGCGUAGGCCCCCAGGGAGUUUCGGUCACGGUGCGGCCGGAGAAGCUCGCGUUCAGGAGGAUCGGCCAGAAGCUGAACUUCCUUGUGAGGGUUGAGGUGAGGGCAGCGAAGCUCUCGCCGGGAGGGUCGAGCUUGAGGAGCGGCUCAGUGAUAUGGUCGGACGGGAAGCACACGGUCACCAGCCCCUUGGUGGUGACAUUGCAGCAGCCUCUCUAGUUUGCUAUAUUUUGGGGGGAUUUUGGAGUUGUAGGUUGUCUCUCUCCUGUAAUUUGACUCUCCCUUCUUUUUGCUCUAGCGUUAUACUCUCUCCUCUCUUCUCUUUCUUUAAUCUCUAUGAAUGUACAAGAAGCAACGGCGGGUUGAGCUUUCUGGCUUAGAAAGCAGGUGGGAGCGGGUGGUGUAUAUCUGUCGUAAGAUCAAGAACCAAGAAUGUCUACGGAAAUGCUGUGUUUGAGAAAGGUCAAAGAGGCCAUGGGAUAAUGGAAAGAUGUCUUGUUUUUUGUCUUUUGUCUGUUCUCUUUUCGUUAAGUUGUAAUGCGAUGGAUUCUGACUCGUCCAAGCUUUUGAUUUGGAGUGAUGUUUUGUAGGGAUGAGGAUUUGCCUAGAUUGUCUUGGGAGAUUUGGUAUGUAAACUGUCGUGGUCAUGCAUUUUGAAAUGUAAGAAAUUCAAGAUUUGGGAACA